AUGCAUACUCCUGUUGGCUGCUGUGUACCUGGCGCGUGCAGCUCGAUCGGCGGCAAAACGGCGCGCAGCGGGGUCCCGCAGUAUUCUGGAGCUCUAUACUGGGCGCCGACGCCGCCUUCUGCUCUUCCCCCACGGCGCCGCCCUCCUCCUCUGCCCCCUCCAUCCAACAGCCGCGCCCACGGCGAGCAGAAGCCCGAGCGCCACCGCUUGUCGCCCCCGCGACCCUCGCCGUCGAGCAGGAGCUCCGUACCCUCGCCCGGCGACCUCGAAGCCGCCCGCCACCACGGCGCCCGAGCGCCCCGACCGCGACCGUGCCGCGCCGUCCUCGGCACCACGCCGCGACCCCGACGCCGUGCGCCCUCGCCCGCGAGCUCUUCACCGAGCCCCGUCUUUGAGCACCGCGGGCAGCAGCGGGACGCACCCGCGUCUUGGACCUCGCCGUGGCCGCGUCCACCCUGCGAUGUCACCCGCGACGCCUCCGUCUCCGUCCAUGCCGCGGCCGUGGCGACCGCGACCACAACGAGCACCGCUGAGCCUCGCCGCGACCCCGAGCGCCUCGCCCUCAGCGCCCUCGCCGUGUCGGGCACCGCCGAGCCGCACCUGCGACCCCGACGUCGAGCUCGCGCCCUCGCCCCCGCGCACCUGCACCUCGGCUCGCCCCGGAGCCACGACGCCACCUGGUGCCCCGUCGAGCCAGGCCACAGCCACAGCCGGUCGCGCGAACGGUACCAGCCGUCCUCGGCUGCGGACACGACCACGGCGCCCGAGUACCUCAGCCGCGACGCCAAGCCACCGCGGUGCCCUGCUCCACCGUCGCAGCAGCAGUACCACCUCACACGGAGCUCCUUGUUGUCGCUGGUGAGAAACCGAAACUCCAAGCUUUUCCUUUUCACAUUGUCGAUGUGCUCCUAUCUGAGACCGGCCUUCGCGCCGUGA